GGCGCGAGGCCCGGUCGCGCGGCGGCGGCGGCGUCGCUCCUGUUGGCCCAGCCGGCGGCGGCCAUGGCGGCCGUGCUGUCCCCGCGCCUCUGCGACAGCGACCCAGCCACGCCCGGCGCGCAGUCCCUCAAGGAUGACACAGAAGAAAAUUCCAAUGAUGGCAGCCAGCCAUCCAAAAGACGGCGUAUGGGCUCAGGGGACAGUUCUCGAAGCUGUGAAACUUCCAGUCAAGACCUUGGGUAUAGUUAUUUUCCUGCUGAAAAUUUGAUAGAAUACAAAUGGCCACCUGAUGAAACAGGAGAAUACUAUAUGCUUCAGGAACAAGUCAGUGAAUAUUUGGGUGUGACUUCCUUUAAAAGAAAAUAUCCAGAUUUAGAAAGGCGAGAUUUAUCUCACAAGGAGAAACUCUACCUCAGAGAACUAAAUGUUAUCACAGAGACUCAAUGCACACUAGGUCUAACAGCUUUGCGUAGUGAUGAAGUAAUUGAUCUUAUGAUUAAAGAAUACCCUGCCAAACAUGCAGAGUAUUCUGUUAUACUGCAAGAGAAAGAACGGCAGCGAAUAACAGAUCAUUACAAAGAGUAUUCUCAAAUGCAGCAGCAGAACACACAGAAAGUAGAAGCCAGUAAAGUUCCAGAAUAUAUUAAAAAAGCUGCCAAGAAAGCUGCAGAAUUCAACAGCAAUUUAAACCGAGAGCGGAUGGAGGAAAGAAGAGCCUAUUUUGAUUUACAGACACAUAUUAUCCAGGUGCCUCAAGGAAAAUACAAAGUCUUGCCUACAGAGAGAACAAAGGUUAGUCCUUAUCCAGUGGCUCUCAUACCCGGCCAGUUCCAGGAGUACUACAAAAGAUACUCUCCAGAUGAACUUCGUUACUUGCCGUUAAACACAGCCCUUUAUGAACCUCCUUUGGAUCCAGAGCUGCUUACACUGGACAGUGAUGGAGAUUCAGAUGAUGCAGAGGAAGGGCGAGGUGAUGAAAAAAGGAAAACCAAAGGCAAUUCGGACAAUUCGUCUGGCAAUGUAUCUGAAGGUGAUUGCGCCACAGACAACCAGGAGGAUUCUUUUCAGGGAAGACAAAAAACAAGAGACAAAAGUGCUACUCCAAGAAAAGAUGGUUCCAAACGUUCUGUAUUACCCAAAUCAGUUCCUGGGUACAAGGUAGAAGAAAAAAGCCCCUGAUUGAAUUUUACUCACCAGCUUCUUCCUGAAUGCCUCAUCUUUACAGUGUCAGCAUACAUUGCCUGCGUCAACCGUCCAGCUGUUGUUAAGUCAGGGGUGGUGAUGAUGUGUUAGGAGGGGGAGAAGAUUGGCUUUCUUGUUUGUGGGAACAUUUGAAAUACUGCAAUAAGACAAAUUACAUGAGCUGUUUUAACUGGCAAGACAGAAUGAUUCUUGUUUGUGAGUUUAUGAAAACACCAGAUAACAAUAUACCUACCAUAUGUGCCUGCAUAUUAAGGCACUUUGAGCCGAAGGCUUAACUGACUCAAAAUGUUUUCCCUGUGAAAUCUUUAUAAUACUUUUGUUCUAUAUUGUUCUCUAAUAUUGGACUAUUUUUGUAGGACACUAAUCUUUUGGUUACAUGUAGUUAAAAUUGAGGCUACUACUACAUUGUAGUUAAAAUUGUAGUUAAAAUUGCUAUGGCAUCAGCAUGUAUAUGUAUAGCCACCUUAUGAGUAUUACAGGAUUCCAUACAUUUCCACUGAGUUAUUUUCAAGUAAAAGAAAUACUGUAUUUUAUAUGGAGUCUUUUUUUAUUGUCAGUUCUUUAACAAAGAACGAUUAGCAUGUGUUUUACAUUUUGUCAUGUUACAAGUAGUGAGUCUGUUGCUGCAGGACUGACUGCUACAAUUGCACACACAGGGUACUGUUAAAAGUACAAGAGAUGUUUUUGCACAUAAAACUGAAAUGUAUUGAGUAUCUUUAUUUUGCAACACUUCUCUUUUGGGUCACUGUAUAUGAAAAUGUAAUGCUUUGCAUUCAGAAUAGGAUGUUAUAAAAAUGGUGUAGUUGGAAAGCUUACUUUUGAGAGCUGCAGCACAGCAGCAUGGAAGGGAAAACCUACACAUCACAGUCAUCAUUUUGACCCUGCAUUCAUUUUCUCUCAAAUCUUAUCCCAAUAAGAUGGGGAUAUCGAAAGCAAAAUUUACUCCUAAUGAGAUGGGAUAUUGUGACUUCCCCUCUGGAAUUGACAGAUGUUUUUAAUAGCAUUUCUAGAAGCCAUUUAUGGUGGUAGAAUGGAACUGGAUUAAAAUGUGAAUAGUCUUGAUUUUUUUUAAAUUUUUUUUCGUUGUUGUUGUUUUUGUAAAAAUACUUCCAUACUGUUGGAACUUCAUUCUUAAAAGGCUGUGAUUCUCACCCCCCCUUAAUAUGCACAGUUUCUAAUGAAUACAGGUUAGUGAACUAAGACUAGAUGGAAGCAUUGUUAAUAAAUGCGUCUGUAGCGAUAUCUACCUUGAGAGUUACGCGUAUCAGAAUGUGAACUGCACACACCUGUAACACUUGGAUGUGUCCAAAAAGCAGCUCACUUUGGCUGGAGUACUGGGGAGUGUGCUGUUGUAUAUUAAAGGCAGUAAAAUACAAAUCUGUAACAAGCCAGAAGUCUGAUUAGAAAAGCUUGCUUGCUAUUCUGGAAAGGCUUGGUUUCUUAGAUUACAAUACAAUUUAAAAAUAAAAAAUAGACUAAACAAUGGAAGGGUAAAUGCUGCCACACUGACAAGGUUUAAGCAUGUGCCACUUUUGUUGGGAGGAGCAGGGUAUAAAGGUAUACAUGUAGGACACGUAGUAUAGUUAACAGUAAAAGAAUUUAUGCGUGGUUUUCCUUCCAUUAUAUUUAUUAUUUUGUAGAGAUGUUUGUGUGUUAGACUUCUUUUACUGUUUUAUUAUAUUUAUGUAUAAAACAGGUUGACUUUGCUUUUUUAAAAUAAAUAAGCAAAAAAAUGUC